GGGACUUACUUCCUCGAUACCGCGCGUCCGCGGUUGAUCAAGGGCCCCUUACGCCCCGCGUCUGGCGGCCGGCCAAACUACCGUACGAUCGAGACGCCGAUGGCGAUCUGAACAUUCACGGCAGGAAUCCGAGGCGGCCCGGGCAUGGAGACUCAACAGCAGCAGUACUGCUUGAAAUGGAACAGCUUCGGCUCCAACCUGGCCACCUCGUUCGCAAAUCUAUGGAAUUCGGAGAGCCUUGCCGAUGUCACGCUUUAUUGCGAAGGUCGCCAAUUCAAAGCACACAAGGUGAUUCUAGCGGCUUGCAGUAAGCACUUCCAAGAGCUCUUCGACACAGCACCGCCCAGCCAUGCAGGCGCCUGCUACGUCAUCCUCGAAGCCACCACGGCGGACAACAUGCAGGCACUCCUCGAAUUCAUGUAUAAAGGCGAGGUGCACGUCAGUCAAGAUGCUCUCUCCAGCUUUCUUAAGAGCGGGGAAAAUUUACAGGUCAAAGGUCUCUCCAUGGAGAUGUCCCAAGACGCUUGGGUGAAGCAACAGACUCAACAGUCGGGGGAACGUCACCAAACCCGCGUGAAGACUAGUCCAGUAUCUGGUGUGAACUGCGAGGUCCAGGAGUCAGCGCCACCACAACCUCAUGCGGGCUCAUUCGGACCUAUCAUGACCCAAUAUGGAAUACCCAUUCAUGGUGGAAGUGGCGGGAUGGGCCGGUAUGCUCCACCCGCCCACGUGCCAAUACACUCGUCGUCGCAUCGAAGACCACCGCCUCCAAAACCGUCGCCAUCAGCCAGCCCUGUAACAAGGAAUUACAGGCAAAGCUCCUCUUCGUCACAUUGUGGCAGCGUGGCGGAUGAACCGGAUACUCGUUCAUCUCCCGGCGCUGGUGCAAGAUACGAAGAGAACCCCCCCGACUGUACCUCUAGCGUCAACAACCCGAUCAAGAACAAUGGCUAUGAACGAUCUGCUCCAGCUAAGGAUGAAGUAAUGGAACGCUUGCCGACUGAUCAGGGCGCUGAAGAUUUACGGAUAAAAAGCGAAAAUGACUACGCAGGCGGCUACAACAACUCGCCGCCACCAGUUGUGCCGAUAUCCACAACCAACUACCACGACAACCCGCAUGAGACCUCGCCCGUGCCGCCCAAGCCCAGCCCUGAUAUAUGGCCUACAAAGAUCAUCACUAGCAAGUCUGGAGGAAUCGCUACUGCUGACGGAAAGAAACUAAAGUGUCCAUACUGCGAAAGACUAUACGGCUACGAGACAAACCUGCGCGCGCACAUCCGACAGCGGCAUCAGGGCAUCCGCGUGCCAUGCCCGCACUGCUCCCGUACCUUCACCCGCAACAACACCGUGCGCCGCCACAUUGCUCGCGAGCAUCGCCACCAGGUCACCCCCCACCUCCCUCAAGGCCCUCUUCCCAAUCAUACGCAGUAAACCCUUUAAGUUAUUCCAAACUAUCAACCGAUCUACCUCUAUUCUUUCCGACCGGUUCGAACGACGCCCUACAGCCGUUCAAACCGCGUCCCUAACACGCGUACAAUAAAAAUACCUCGUUUAAUGCAUAUUUAUGUAACAGUAAUCUACCUCAAAAUUGAUCUUAAGAAUUUUUUAAGAUAUUUUCAAUAUGUGCGAUAAUAUUUACUUAAUUUUAAUUUCCACGUUUAGCUGUGUGGUCGCUCAGUGUUCACCUUUUUAUGGUACCGUGUUUUGAACAUUUUGUACCUAUUUCAUCCCUACGUACCUUAAUUUGACUGUGAAUUGAAGUUACCUUUAUAGACGUUUUAUUUUGAGCUCUCGGUCGUUAUGAUAUAGCUUAUUUUAUAUUAAACUGAGCUAGGGAAACUUAGAGUUGAUGUCGAGACUGAUGGUCAUAGGCUUAGUAUGUAAAUAAUAGGAGAAUGUAUAUCGCCGUGACCUCUGUCGACGUGUUACUGUGGCAAAUUAUAUCUCUAUUUUAUAUUAAUUUUCUUAUUCAUAACAAUAGACUGCAAAACCGGGUUAAGUUUUAUAAUUUUAACGCAUCUGUGAUACAAUAGAACAGGCUCUAUGAUAAUUUAGUUUUGCCACACUGUCAUGAAAUCCGAAGUAAUGUUGAAACGCGAGUGUCAGGCUUGUGCUGUACAGUGCAUGGUUUUAGUUUGUACAAAGUACAAUUCGCCCUAGGGACAUAAGUAGUUAGGUAAAGACGUGUUAAUUUGUUUGCAUGUAAGUUAGGAGGCGUGAAUGUAUUACCUAUAUUUUGUUCGUUCCCAAACUCGCCUAUUCGGGUGUUACUAUUGAGACCAAAUAUUAUAUGUUUUAACGCGAUGGUGUCGAUUUUAUCAUUCCGUUAAAUGUUUUCGUAGUGCAUUUAGAAGGCCACUUAAUUUUUAUAUAGCUAGUCAUUUCAAGUGCAACCAGUUGAGAUUUAAAUAUUUAAUAUAUGGUAGCUAGUGUCGCUAAUGUAUUAUAAUUGAGAGGGCGACACUGGCUCCCCACACCUUAGUAUCUGCAUUAUCAAGCAAAUGGGACAGUGCCAAAUAUCCUCAAAUUUUAAGUUCACAUUUAUUUAUUUUAUAUUUUUCUUUGUUACGUGUGAAUGUAGCAACUGUGUGUUGUUCCUGAUAUUUAGGAAUGAGUUGCAUUCAUAUUUAUUAUAUUUAUAUUUUAGGUUACAAUAAAUAUUUUUUAUGAAGAACGCUUUAUGAAGGCUCAGUGAUUUUAUUAUAUGUUCCGUUGUCGUGUAGUUGAAAUCUGAAUGUUUACCUCGAUUUCCUUAAUGUAUUUAGCAUCUAUUAACACUUAACUCAGUCCUGUUAGUGUCAGUUUAGAUAAGAAAUUCUUAUAUAAAUGUCCUUUAAAUAUUAAGAAGAAAAUAUUUUCGAAUAGUUCUCUACAAUCAAAGAUAAAUUAACAUUCUUGUACCUUUUUGUUAUUUCCUGUACAACAUAAAGAAGCUAUUUUACAAAUUAGA